AUGAGCAGCGCCGCAGCCGCCGCCGCCUCUGCGGGAGCCGCCGCCGCCGCCUGCACCGGUGCCGAACGCGGCUACUCCUUCUCCUCCGGCGGCGCCGCUCCGGCCAUGGGGCCCGAGGAGGGCUCGGCCGGCGGGCUGGGAGCCCUGCCCGCCCCGCCGCUGGGCUGCCGGAGCCGCUACCAGCUGCUGCUCUCCGGGAAGGCCCUGGCCGACAGAUACCGGAGGAUUUACACGGCGGCGCUGAGCGACCGUGAGCUGGGGAGCCACCCGGGCAGAAGUAAGAAACUUUUUAGCAAGAAAAAGUUGAAAAGAAAACAGAAGACUAAAUUGAAAGUAAAAACACGCAACAAGACUGAGAGCCUAGAGAGUACAAUAACCAUACCAGAUAUCAGAUUACAUAGCAAUCCUUCAGCUUUUAAUGUUUACUGCAAUGUCCGCCAUUGUGUGUUGGAGUGGCAGAAAAAGGAGGCGUCUGUGUCUUUGGCCUCGAAGAACAGUGUCCAGAGUGGGGAUUCAGACAGUGAUGAAGAGGAGGAGCCCAAAGAGCCACCUAUUAAACUUCCAAAGAUCAUUGAAGUUGGAUUGUGUGAAGUCUUUGAAUUGAUAAAGGAGACGAGAUUUUCUCAUCCAUCCUUGUGUCUCAGGAGCUUACAAGCCCUACUUAAUGUGCUCCAAGGUCAGCAACCAGAAGGCCUGCAAUCAGAGCCUCCUGAAGUCCUAGAAUCCCUGUUCCAGCUGCUUUUGGAAAUAACAGUCCGUAGCACGGGAAUGAAUGACAGCACAGGACAGUCCUUGACAGCGCUUUCCUGCGCUUGCCUCUUCAGUCUGGUGGCUGCCUGGGGAGAGACAGGAAGGACACUGCAAGCAAUCUCUGCAAUCCUCACCAAUAAUGGCAGCCAUGCUUGUCAGACUAUUCAGGUGCCAACCAUUUUAAACUCUCUUCAGCGGAGUGUACAGGCAGUUCUGGUGGGCAAAAUCCAAAUCCAGGACUGGUUCAGUAAUGGGAUAAAGAAGGCAGCCUUGAUGCACAAAUGGCCAUUGAAAGAAAUAUCUGUAGAUGAAGAUGACCAGUGCCUACUUCAGAGUGAUGGUUUUUUCCUCUAUCUCUUAUGUAAAGAUGGACUUUACAAAAUUGGCUCUGGAUACAGUGGGACAGUGAGGGGCCAUAUAUACAAUUCUACAUCCCGCAUCAAAAAUAGAAAAGAAAAAAAGUCUUGGUUAGGUUAUGCUCAGGGCUAUUUAUUAUACAGAGAUGCGAAUAAUCACAGUAUGACAGCCAUAAGAAUAAACCCUGAAACUUUGGAACAAGAUGGUACAGUUACUUUGCCAGAUUGUCAUACUGAAGGGCAGAAUAUCCUUUUCACAGAUGGAGAAUAUAUCAAUCAAAUAGCAGCAUCUAGAGAUGAUGGCUUUGUAGUGCGAAUAUUUGCCACGAGUACUGAGCCAGUAUUGCAACAAGAACUGCAGCUUAAGCUUGCAAGAAAAUGCUUACAUGCCUGUGGCAUCUCAUUGUUUGAUCUGGAAAAAGAUUUGCACAUUAUCAGUACAGGGUUUGAUGAGGAAUCAGCUGUCCUUGGUGCUGGGAGAGAGUUUGCACUGAUGAAAACUGCUAGUGGAAAGAUUUAUUAUACUGGCAAAUAUCAGAGCCUUGGAAUCAAACAAGGUGGUCCUUCAGCUGGCAAAUGGGUUGAACUCCCAAUCACAAAAUCUCCAAAGAUUAUUCAGUUUUCUGUUGGACAUGAUGGCUCACAUGCCUUACUUGUUGCUGAGGAUGGAAGCAUAUUCUUCACAGGCUCUGCUAGUAAAGGAGAGGAUGGUGAAUCAACUAAAAGCAGACGGCAAUCAAAACCAUAUAAGCCUAAAAAAAUUAUUAAAAUGGAAGGAAAGAUUGUCAUAUCUACAGCGUGCAAUAAUGGGAGCAGUUCUGUAAUUUCCAAAGAUGGAGAACUCUACAUGUUUGGAAAAGAUGCCAUUUACUCUGAUAGUACAAGUUUAGUAACAGAUUUGAAAGGUCAUUUUGUGACUCAAGUAGCCAUGGGCAAAGCUCACACCUGUGUGUUAAUGAAGAAUGGAGAAGUUUGGACAUUUGGAGUAAAUAAUAAAGGACAGUGUGGACGAGACACAGGCUCUAUGAGCCAGGGAGGAAAAGGUUUUGGAGUUGAGAACAUGGCAACAGCAAUGGAUGAAGAUCUGGAAGAAGAACUGGAUGAAAAAGAUGAGAAGUCCAUGAUGUGUCCUCCAGGCAUGCAUAAAUGGAAGCUGGAGCAGUGUAUGGUGUGCACUGUAUGUGGGGAUUGCACGGGCUAUGGAGCCAGCUGUGUUAGCAGCGGCCGUCCUGAUAGAGUACCUGGAGGAAUCUGUGGCUGUGGCUCAGGUGAGUCAGGCUGUGCUGUGUGUGGCUGCUGCAAGGCAUGUGCUAGAGAACUGGAUGGCCAGGAAGCAAGGCAAAGAGGAAUCCUUGAUGCUGUAAAAGAGAUGAUACCUUUAGAUCUCUUGCUGGCUGUCCCUGUUCCUGGAGUUAAUAUUGAAGAACACCUUCAGCUACGACAAGAAGAAAAGCGGCAGCGUGUAAUUAGGAGACAUAGAUUGGAAGAAGGAAGAGAUGGAAGUGGAGAAAGAGGUGAGAAGGAUGCCAGCAAAAUCACAACAUAUCCACCAGGGGCUGUCCGCUUUGACUGUGAGCUGCGAGCUGUACAAGUCAGUUGUGGAUUUCACCAUUCAGUGGUUUUGAUGGAAAAUGGUGAUGUUUACACAUUUGGAUAUGGGCAGCAUGGUCAACUUGGACAUGGUGAUGUUAAUUCCAGGGGAUGUCCCACUUUGGUGCAAGCAUUACCAGGUCCUAGUACACAAGUUACUGCUGGGAGCAACCACACAGCUAUUCUCUUAAUGGAUGGCCAGGUUUUCACAUUUGGAAGUUUCUCAAAAGGUCAGCUUGGCAGACCAAUUCUGGACAUGCCCUACUGGAAUGCAAAGCCAGCCCCAAUGCCUAACAUAGGCUCCAAGUAUGGGCGCAAAGCUACGUGGAUUGGCGCGAGCGGGGACCAGACUUUCCUCCGGAUCGACGAAGCUCUCAUUAAUUCUCAUGUGCUUGCUACAUCAGAGAUCUUUGCAAGCAGGCAUAUAAUAGGUUUGGUACCAGCUUCAAUAUCAGAACCUCCUCCUUUUAAAUGUCUUCUGAUAAACAAAGUAGAUGGCAGUUGCAAAACAUUCAAUGAUUCUGAGCAGGAAGACCUUCAAGGUUCUGGUGUGUGUCUGGAUCCUGUCUAUGAUGUUAUUUGGAGGUUUCGCCCAAAUGCCAGGGAACUGUGGAGUUACAACGCAGUAGUUGCUGAUUCCAGGCUUCCCUCAGCUCCAGACAUGCAAUCCCGGUGUAGUAUUCUGAGUCCAGAACUUGCUCUUCCAACAGGUUCCAAAGCUCUAACCACCAGAUCUCAUGCAGCUUUGCAUAUUCUAGGUUGCCUUGAUACUUUGGCUGCUAUGCAGGACUUAAAAAUGGGUGUUGCAAAUACAGAAGAAGAGACUCAAGCAGUAAUGAAAGUUUAUUCUAAAGAAGACUAUAGUGUUGUUAACAGAUUUGAAAGUCAUGGAGGAGGCUGGGGUUAUUCAGCCCACUCAGUAGAAGCUAUCCGUUUCUGCGCUGACACAGAUAUAUUGCUAGGUGGUCUUGGUCUUUUUGGUGGUAGAGGUGAAUACACUGCUAAAAUAAAGUUGUUUGAAUUGGGUCCAGAUGGGGGAGACCAUGAGACAGAUGGAGACCUCCUUGCUGAGACAGAUGUUUUAGCAUAUGACUGUGCUGCCAGAGAGAAAUAUGCCAUGAUGUUUGAUGAGCCAGUACUCCUGCAAGCUGGCUGGUGGUAUGUAGCCUGGGCAAGAGUGUCAGGACCUAGCAGUGAUUGUGGAUCUCAUGGACAGGCCUCUAUUACUACAGAUGAUGGUGUUGUAUUUCAGUUUAAAAGUUCCAAGAAAUCAAAUAAUGGUACAGACGUGAAUGCAGGGCAGAUUCCACAAUUAUUAUACAGGUUGCCAACAAGUGAUGGCAGUGCAUCCAAAGGAAAACAGCAAACUAGCGAACCUGUACAUAUUUUAAAGAGAUCUUUUGCCAGAACUGUCUCUGUGGAAUGCUUUGAGUCUUUGCUGAGCAUUCUUCACUGGAGCUGGACAACACUGGUGCUGGGAGUUGAAGAACUUCGUGGGCUGAAGGGUUUCCAGUACACUGCUACUCUUCUGGAUUUGGAAAGGUUACGUUUUGUGGGCACUUGCUGCCUGAGAUUGCUGAGGGUCUACACCUGUGAAAUAUACCCAAUAUCAGCUACAGCUAAGGCAGUUGUAGAAGAAACCAGCAAACUAGCAGAUUGCAUUGGAAAAACUAGGACCUUGCUGAGAAAAAUUUUAUCUGAAGGAGUUGACCAUUGCAUGGUGAAGCUGGACAAUGAUCCACAAGGAUAUCUUAGUCAGCCUCUCAGUCUGUUAGAAGCUGUUCUUCAGGAAUGCCAUAAUACAUUUACAGCUUGCUUCCAUUCAUUCUACCCAACACCAGCUCUCCAGUGGGCAUGUCUUUGUGACUUGCUGAACUGUUUGGACCAGGAUAUCCAGGAAGCCAACUUUAAGACCUCCAGCAGUCGGCUCCUUGCAGCGGUGAUGUCUGCCCUGUGCCACACGUCGGUGAAGCUGACCUCCAUCUUUCCCAUCGCCUACGACGGAGAGGCCUUGCUGCGCUCCAUGGUUAAACAAGUCAGCACCGAGAACGACUCUGCCCUGGCCCAUCGCUUCCCUCUUCUGGUUGCACACAUGGAAAAGCUCAGUCAGAGUGAAGAAAAUGUUUCAGGGAUGACAAGCUUUCGGGAAGUGCUGGAAAAGAUGUUGGUCAUUGUUGUUUUACCAGUACGGAACAGCCUUAGAAGAGAAAAUGAACUUUUCUCUUCACAUCUGGUUUCUAAUACCUGUGGGUUGCUUGCUAGUAUUGUGAGUGAGCUUACAGCAUCUGCAUUAGGAUCUGAGGUUGAUGGACUGAAUUCUCUCCAUUCUGUCAAAUCCACUCCAAACCGAUUCACUAAAACAAGUCAGGGAAGAAGCUGGAAUACUGGGAAUGGAUCCCCUGAUGCCAUAUGUUUCUCUGUUGACAAACCUGGUGUAGUUGUAGUAGGAUUUUCUGUUUAUGGUGGAGGAGGAAUUCAUGAGUAUGAGUUGGAGGUAUUAGUUGAUGAUAGUGAUCAUACUGGAGAUGCAACUCAUUCUCAUAGAUGGACUUCUUUAGAAUUGGUUAAAGGAACUUAUACCACAGAUGAUUCUCCUAGUGACAUAGCUGAAAUCAGACUUGACAAAGUUGUGCCACUGAAGGAAAACGUGAAGUACGCGGUUCGUUUGCGGAAUUAUGGCAGCCGGACUGCCAAUGGAGAUGGGGGGAUGACCACGGUGCAGUGCCCGGACGGUGUAACGUUCACAUUCAGUACGUGCAGUCUGAGCAGCAACGGCACCAACCAAACACGAGGGCAGAUCCCACAGAUCCUUUAUUACAGGAGUGAGUAUGAUGGCGAUCUGCAGUCACAGCUGUUGAACAAAGCUAAUGAAGAGGACAAAAACUGUAGCAGGGCCCUUUCUGUCGUGAGUGCUGUUGUACGAGCAGCCAAAGAUUUGUUGCACAGAGCUCUUGCUGUAGAUGCUGAAGACAUUCCAGAGUUACUCAGCUCUUCCAGUCUGUUUUCAAUGCUGCUUCCCCUCAUCAUAGCCUACAUAGGACCAGUGGCAGCAGCUAUUCCCAAGGUUGCUGUUGAGGUCUUUGGCCUGGUACAACAGCUGCUUCCUUCUGUGGCAGUCCUGAAUCAGAAAUACGCCCCUCCAGCUUUUAACCCAAAUCAGUCUACAGACAGCACCACUGGAAACCAGCCAGAGCAAGGGCUUUCAGCUUGUACUACCUCCAAUCACUAUGCUGUUGUUGAAAGUGAGCACCCCUAUAAACCUGCCUCUGUUACACACUAUAAGGUGACUUUUCCUGAAUGUGUCAGGUGGAUAACAAUAGAGUUUGACACUCAGUGUGGCACUGCUCAGUCAGAGGAUGUUCUUCGUUUACUAAUUCCUGUCAGAAUUGCACAGAGCCUGGGAUUUGGACCAAAGCAUACCUCUGUUCAUGAGAACCUUAAUUCAUGGAUAGAACUGAAAAAGUUCUCUGGAUCUUCAGGAUGGCCUACCAUGGUGUUGGUAUUGCCAGGGAAUGAAGCACUUUUUUCUCUGGAGACUGCAUCAGACUAUGUGAAAGAUGAAAAAGCUUGUUUUUAUGGCUUCAAAUGUUAUGCAAUUGGAUAUGAAUUUAGUCCAGGAAGUGAUGAGGGUAUUAUUCAGCUGGAGAAAGAGCUGGCAAAUUUAGGAGGAUCGUGUGCAGCAGCUUUGAUGAAGAAAGAUUUAGCACUUCCUAUUGCAGGUAGUGAGUUUGAAGAGGAUCUUGAGAUACUUGAAGAGGCUGCCUUACAGGUGUGCAAAGCUCACUCAGGCAUUCUUGGGAAAGGCUUGGCACUGUCUCACUCCCCAACCAUUUUGGAAGCUCUCGAAGGAAGCCUUCCCCUGCAGGUACAAAGCAAUGAGCAGUCAUUUCUUGAAGAUUUCAUUGCUUGUGUACCAGGAUCAAGUGGUGGACGACUUGCAAGGUGGCUGCAGCCAGAUUCAUAUGCUGAUCCUCAAAAAACAUCAUUGAUUUUGAAUAAGGAUGACAUCCGGUGUGGUUGGCCAACUGUUAUUACAGUACAAACAAAAGACCAGUAUGGGGAAGUUGUUCAUGUUCCUAAUAUGAAGGUGGAAGUCAAAGCUAUUCCUGUUUCUCAGAAAAAAACAUCUUUGCAACAAGAACAGGUUAAAAAAGUGCAGCGGAUACCAGGCAGUCCUGCAACAGCUGUUUCCCCUAGCAGUGAUAUGACCUUUGGAGGGCUACCUUCACCGAAGCUGGAUUCCUCCUAUGAGCCAAUGAUAGUAAAAGAAGCUCGGUAUAUUGCUAUUACAAUGAUGAAGGCGUAUGAAAAUUAUUCCUUUGAAGAACUGCGUUUCGCUUCACCAACACCAAAGAGACCCAGUGAAAACAUGUUGAUCAGAGUGAAUAAUGAUGGUACAUACUGUGCAAACUGGACUCCUGGAGCUGUUGGUCUCUAUACCAUUCAUGUUACUAUAGAUGGCAUUGAAAUAGAUGCUGGACUAGAAGUGAAAGUAAAAGAUCCUCCAAAAGGAAUGAUACCUCCUGGAACCCAACUUAUUAAACCAAAAGCAGAGCCUCAGCCAAACAAGGUUCGCAAAUUUGUGGCCAAGGACAGUGCAGGGCUUCGUAUCCGUAGCCACCCUUCCCUUCAGAGUGAGCAGAUAGGCAUAGUGAAAGUCAAUGGAUCCAUCACUUUCAUUGAUGAGAUCCACAAUGAUGAUGGUGUUUGGCUGAGGCUGAAUGAUGAAACAAUAAAGAAGUAUGUUCCAAACAUGAAUGGUUACACUGAAGCCUGGUGUCUGUCUUUUAACCAACAUCUUGGCAAGAGCCUUCUGGUACCUGUUGACAAUGUCUUUAAUGCUAGCCAAGGAGUAAGGGAUUUGGACUUUUUUUCAUGGACUUCCAAAGCUUUACCCCCUAAGGAAUCUAGGUCUAAUGCUGAUGAUUUUUUCAAAGACCUAAAUUCACACUGCCCACAGGAAGCAGUGAUGCAAGAACAAGACAUGCCAUUCCUUCGAGGUGGACCUGGAGUGUACAAGGUAGUGAAGACUGGCCCAUCAGGUCACAACAUCAGAAGCUGCCCUAACCUUAGAGGUAUCCCAAUUGGAAUGUUAGUUCUGGGAAACAAAGUCAAGGCAGUGGGCGAGGUGACUAAUUCAGAAGGUACAUGGGUGCAAAUGGAUAAGAACAGCAUGGUAGAGUUCUGUGAAAGUGAUGAAGGCGAGGCAUGGUCAUUAGCUAGAGACAGAGGUGGAAACCAGUACCUUCGACAUGAAGAUGAGCAAGUCCUUCUAGAUCAAAAUGUGCAGACUCCUCCCCCAAGUCCUUUUUCAAUACAAGCUUUCAGUAAGGGGACAAGCUGUAGUAAUGGACAAGGGUUUGAUUAUGGCCUUGGAAAUAACAAAGGUGACCAACUGAGUGCCAUACUGAAUUCCAUUCAGUCACGGCCAAAUCUCCCAGCUCCUUCCAUCUUUGAUCAAGCUGCAAAAGCUCCCUCUUCCCUUGUCCACAGUCCAUUUGUGUUCGGACAGCCCCUUUCCUUCCAGCAGCCUCAGCCACAGCUUCAGAGUGACCGAAUGAAUUUCACAGGAGCUGCUAGACCGAUUUCUCCAGCAGGAAAAUCAGACAUGGCAUCCAAGCACAGAGCUGACUGCAGGUCACCCAAGCUCGACGUGCGAAUGAACCGAGCCACUGCCGAGCAGAAGAAGCCCAGAAAUACCGACGGCUUAUCGGCCAGUGAAUGCCUGAUGCUGAAAUCAGAUGCCGCAAAGUUGCGCUCAGACUCGCACAGCAGGUCUUUGUCACCAAAUCAUAACACUCUGCAAACACUAAAAACUGAUGGAAGAACAACUCCUGGCCUGAGAGCUGAAUCUCCGGGGCCAGGAACCCGGUCAACUUCUCCAAAGACAAAGACACUUACAGGCAUUAGAUCUGGUGCUAGUUCUCCACGAUCCUCGUCACCCAAUGACAAAACAACUCUACCUCAGAAAGCUUCAUCCCCUGUAAAAACAAAGCUUGAUCCUCCUCGAGAACGCUCCAAAUCAGAUUCUUACACGUUAGAUCCAGACACACUUCGCAAAAAGAAAGUGCCGCUAACAGAACCCUUAAGGGGGAGGUCCACUUCACCCAAACCAAAAAUUACUACAAAAGAUGGAAAAUCUGCACCAGAAACUGAAAAUAGAGCUCCUUCCCCUCAUGUCGUACAAGAAAAUCUUCACAGUGAGGUAGUUGAAGUCUGUACUUCGAGUACUUUAAAGACUGACAGCAUUACAGAUACCACCUGUGAAGACAACACCGAAUUCAGAAGUCUGGACGAUGGUUCUAAUAAAGUUCAUUUCAGCAUUGGAAAAGCACCACUGAAGGAUGAGCAAGACAUGAGAGCAUCUCCAAAAGUGAGCCGUAAAUGUGCUGGCAGGCACACAAGACCCAAAAAGGAAAAAUCAAACUUCCUUUUCAAAGGAGAUGGAUCGAAGCCCAUAGAGCCUGCCAAGCAAGCAAUGUCACCUUCUGUUGCAGAAUGUGCUCGAGCCGUAUUUGCCGCAUUUCUUUGGCAUGAAGGAAUAGUUCAUGAUGCCAUGGCAUGCUCAUCUUUCUUGAAGUUUAAUCCAGAACUGUCCAAAGAGCAUGCACCUAUACGAAGCAGUCUUACUCAACAACCUGCAGAGGAAAAAGAAACCAAGUUGAAAAAUAGACAUUCAUUGGAAAUAUCAUCUGCUCUUAACAUGUUCAACAUCUCACCUCACGGACCAGAUAUAUCUAAAAUGGGUAGCAUCAAUAAAAACAAAGUCCUCUCAAUGUUAAAAGAACCGCCUCUGCAUGAAAAGUGUGAGGAUGGAAAAAAUGAAACUACCUCCUUUGAAACAUCCAGUCAUCACACAAUGAAAUCCAAGUCUCCUCUUCCAUUAACACUGCAGCACUUAGUAGCUUUCUGGGAAGAUAUUUCUUUAGCAACUAUUAAAGCAGCUUCCCAAAAUAUGAUUUUUCCAAGUCCUGGUUCUUGUGCAGUCUUAAAGAAGAAGGAAAGUGACAAAGAUAACAAGAAAGCCAAAAAGGAGAAAAAGAAAAAAGAAAAAGUUGAAGCUAGGCCAAGGGGAAAUCUUUUUGGUGAGAUGGCCCAGCUUGCAGUGGGAGGACCAGAAAAAGAUACCAUCUGUGAGUUGUGUGGAGAAUCCCAUCCAUAUCCAGUGACUUACCACAUGAGACAAGCUCAUCCAGGCUGUGGCCGCUAUGCCGGUGGCCAAGGGUACAACAGCAUUGGGCACUUCUGCGGAGGAUGGGCUGGCAAUUGUGGCGAUGGUGGCAUCGGAGGGAGCACGUGGUAUCUGGUGUGCGAUCGGUGCAGAGAAAAGUACCUCCGUGAAAAGCAAGCAGCAGCAAGAGAGAAGAUUAAGCAGUCUAGGAGAAAACCAAUGCAAGUUAAGACACCUCGUGCCUUGCCAACUAUGGAAGCUCAUCAAGUGAUUAAAGCCAAUGCACUGUAUUUACUGUCGCUGAGUAGUGCUGCUGAGCCCAGUAUCCUCUGCUAUAACCCUGCAAAAGCAUUCCAAUCUCAACUUCCCAGUCUAAAAGAAGGAAUUUCUGAAGACUUUCCCAUUAAGAUGCCAUGUCUCUAUCUACAGACAUUAGCAAGGCAUCAUCAUGAAAAUUUUGUUGGGUACCAGGAUGACAACCUGUUCCAGGAUGAGAUGAGAUACUUGCGGUCAACUUCAGUACCUGCGCCGUACAUCUCCGUUACGCCUGACGCAAGCCCGAAUGUCUUUGAAGAGCCAGAGAGUAACAUGAAAUCUAUGCCCCCAAGUUUGGAAACCAGUCCAAUCACAGACACAGACCUUGCAAAGCGCACAGUCUUUCAAAGAUCAUAUUCAGUUGUUGCAUCAGAAUAUGACAAACAGCACUCAAUUCUGCCAGCACGUGUAAAAGCAAUCCCCAGGAGACGAGUCAACAGUGGAGAUGCAGAAGUGGGGUCCUCUCUCCUGAGACAUCCAUCUCCUGAACUUUCUCGGUUAAUCUCCGCCCACAGCUCUCUUUCCAAAGGAGAGAGAAAUUUCCAGUGGCCAGUAUUGGCAUUUGUAAUCCAGCAUCAUGAUCUGGAAGGACUUGAAAUAGCGAUGAAACAAGCUUUACGGAAAUCUGCUUGCAGAGUCUUUGCCAUGGAGGCCUUCAACUGGCUUCUUUGUAAUGUCAUUCAAACAACUUCUCUUCAUGAUAUCUUAUGGCAUUUUGUGGCUUCCCUGACUCCUGCACCUGUAGAGCCUGAAGAAGAAGAGGAUGAAGAAAAUAAAUCAAAUAAAGAAAAUGCAGAACAAGAAAAAGACACACGAGUGUGUGAACACCCUCUGUCAGAUAUAGUGAUUGCUGGGGAAGCUGCUCACCCCUUACCCCACACUUUCCAUCGCCUUCUGCAGACAAUCUCUGAUCUUAUGAUGUCUCUUCCCAGUGGUAGUGCAUUACAGCAAAUGGCCUUAAGGUGCUGGAGUCUUAAAUUCAAACAAUCUGAUCACCAGUUCCUGCACCAGAGCAACGUUUUUCAUCAUAUCAACAAUAUUUUGUCAAAAUCUGAUGAUGGAGAUAGUGAAGAGAGUUUUAGUAUCAGCGUUCAGUCUGGUUUUGAAGUCAUGAAUCAGGAGCUGUGUAUAGUAGUCUGUCUGAAAGACCUAACCAGCAUUGUUGACAUUAAGACAUCAAGCCGACCUGCCAUGAUUGGUAGUUUAACAGAUGGGUCUACAGAAACGUUCUGGGAGUCAGGAGAUGAGGACAAAAACAAAACUAAAAACAUCACAAUCAACUGUGUAAAAGGAAUCAAUGCACGUUAUGUUUGCGUUCAUGUGGACAAUUCCAGAGAUCUUGGGAACAAAGUGACCUCCAUGACCUUCCUAACUGGCAAGGCAGUAGAAGAUCUCUGCAGAAUAAAGCAGGUAGACUUGGAUUCAAGACAUAUUGGCUGGGUAACAAGUGAGCUUCCUGGAGGUGAUAAUCACAUCAUCAAAAUCGAAUUGAAGGGUCCAGAGAACACACUAAGAGUUCGACAAGUAAAAAUUCUUGGAUGGAAGGAUGGUGAAAGCAUUAAAAUAGCAGGCCAGAUUUCGGCAAGUGUGGCUCAACAAAGGAACUGUGAAUCUGAGACACUGCGAGUAUUCCGACUUAUAACAUCCCAGGUAUUUGGGAAACUCAUCUCUGGAGAUGCUGAGCCAACCCCAGAACAAGAAGAAAAAGCACUGUUGUCAUCCCCAGAAGGAGAAGAAAAAGUACACAAUGCAACAUCAGAUGCAGACCUGAAGGAGCACAUGGUAGGGAUCAUAUUCAGCCGGAGCAAACUGACAAAUUUGCAGAAACAGGUGUGCGCGCACAUCGUGCAGGCCAUUCGCAUGGAGGCGACGCGCGUGCGUGAGGAGUGGGAGCACGCCAUCUCCAGCAAGGAGAACGCCAACUCGCAGCCCAGCGACGAGGACGCCGCCUCGGACGCCUACUGCUUCGAGCUGCUCUCCAUGGUGCUGGCGCUCAGCGGCUCCAACGUGGGCCGCCAGUACCUGGCCCAGCAGCUCACGCUGCUCCAGGACCUCUUCUCCCUGCUGCACACGGCUUCUCCCAGGGUGCAGAGGCAGGUAACAUCAUUACUGAGGCGUGUUUUGCCCGAGGUAACCCCCAGUCGCCUGGCAAGUAUUAUAGGGGUGAAGUCUCUUCCACCAGCAGAUAUAAGUGAUAUAAUUCACUCAACAGAAAAAGGAGAUUGGAACAAACUAGGUAUCUUGGACAUGUUUUUGGGAUGUAUUGCCAAAGCUCUCACUGUACAGCUAAAAGCCAAAGGAACUACUAUCACAGGGACAGCUGGCACUACUGCAGGCAAAGGAGUUACUACAGUCACACUUCCAAUGAUCUUCAAUUCCAGCUAUAUUCGGCGAGGUGAAAGUCAUUGGUGGAUGAAGGGGUCAACACCUACCCAGAUUUCAGAGAUCAUCAUUAAGCUCAUUAAAGACAUGGCAGCAGGUCAUCUGUCAGAAGCUUGGUCACGUGUGACAAAGAAUGCUAUUGCUGAAACCAUCAUAGCUCUGACCAAAAUGGAAGAAGAGUAUAGAUCACCUGUGAGGUGCAUUGCAACAACCAGACUGUGGCUGGCCUUAGCAUCCCUCUGUGUACUUGAUCAGGAUCAUGUUGAUAGACUAUCCUCAGGAAGAUGGAUGGGAAAGGAUGGGCAACAGAAACAGAUGCCAAUGUGUGAUAACCAUGAUGAUGGUGAAACUGCUGCAAUCAUUUUAUGUAAUGUCUGUGGGAAUUUGUGCACAGACUGUGACCGCUUCCUUCAUCUCCAUCGGCGAACAAAAACUCAUCAGAGACAGGUGUUCAAAGAAGAAGAAGAAGCUAUCAAAGUUGAUCUCCACGAGGGCUGUGGUAGGACCAAACUCUUCUGGCUGAUGGCAUUAGCAGAUUCUAAAACUAUGAAGGCCAUGGUGGAGUUCAGAGAACAGACAGGCAAACCGACCACCAGCAGUUCUGAAGCAUGUCGCUUCUGUGGAUGUAGGAGUGGAACAGAAUUAUCAGCAGUGGGAAGUGUUUGUUCUGAUGCAGACUGCCAGGAGUACGCCAAGAUUGCCUGCAGCAAGACACACCCCUGCGGCCACCCCUGCGGAGGCGUGAAGAACGAAGAGCACUGUUUGCCGUGCCUGCAUGGCUGCGAUAAAAACGCUACAACUCUGAAGCAAGAUGCUGAUGACAUGUGCAUGAUCUGCUUCACUGAAGCACUUUCAGCAGCACCAGCCAUCCAGCUGGACUGCAGCCAUGUUUUCCAUUUGCAAUGCUGUCAACGAGUACUAGAAAACAGAUGGCUUGGUCCAAGGAUAACUUUUGGGUUUAUGUCCUGCCCAAUUUGCAAGAACAAAAUCAAUCACACAGUAUUAAAGGAUUUGCUUGAUCCAAUCAAAGAACUCUAUGAAGAUGUAAGGAGAAAAGCGCUAAUGAGAUUGGAGUAUGAAGGGCUGCACAAGAGUGAGGCCAUCACAACGCCAGGUGUUAGAUUUUAUAAUGACCCAGCUGGCUAUGCUAUGAACAGAUAUGCUUACUAUGUUUGCUACAAGUGCAAAAAGGCAUAUUUUGGUGGCGAAGCUCGUUGUGAUGCUGAGGCUGGACAAGGAGAUGACUAUGAUCCAAGAGAACUUAUUUGUGGUGCCUGCUCUGAUGUUUCAAGGGCUCAGAUGUGUCCCAAACACGGUACAGAUUUCUUAGAGUACAAAUGCCGCUACUGCUGUUCAGUUGCUGUUUUUUUCUGUUUUGGGACAACGCAUUUUUGCAAUGCUUGCCAUGAUGAUUUCCAAAGAAUGACAAGCAUCCCUAAAGAAGAGCUCCCACACUGUCCUGCAGGUCCCAAAGGUAAACAACUUGAAGGAACAGAAUGUCCACUUCAUGUUGUCCAUCCACCCACUGGUGAAGAAUUUGCUCUGGGUUGUGGGGUUUGCAGAAAUGCACACACUUUUUAGAAUAGCAAAUUUUUUUAACCAGAGCAAAACAGGUGCCCUCAUCCCUCAAGUGUCCUGAAAACAAAGUCCUGCUGGGAUGAGGAUGGGACCAUUCCAUAACCCAGGUAAAAGGAACAAUUUACAGUGCAAGAAGGAUGCCAAAUACCAUGUACAUAAUUCUUGCUGUGAGAUAUUGACAUUUUUUGAACUGAGACAUCAAAAUUUGUGAGGUGUUUGCAUGUGGCCAUUACAGUCAUCGGCUAGGAAACAUUGGACAUUUACAAAUAAACAAUUGUUAUUAAAGGAUCUGUGUGUCUGUGGACUAUGAAUGAUGCUGGCUUUCAGGAGAAAGAAAAAAAUAUUGAUUAUUGUAUACUGACUUUUUGUAAUCUUGUACAAUUGUAACGCAUCACAAGUGGGGAUGGGAAAGAGGAAUAUUCUGGUUUAUUUCCUAGACUGUUAUAAAAAAAAUGUGUUAGGAAGGCAUAAAUGUAACAAGUAUCACCCUGUAUAUAAAGGUAUCAAUGUUUGUCCUGUAUAAGAAAUAUUAAAUUACAACAGCAGUUUCAUUUAAACUUCUGGGUUAUGUUUGAGCCUGAAAUUUUAAUGAAGUGCAAUACUGAGUGUGCCUCAUAUCUUGCAGCUGUAAACAUAAUGGAAUGUACAUGUCAAUAAAGCCACUGUACAUUUUUAUACAGUGAAAGUCUA